CCAAAACUAAAAAAAAAAACAUUCUUUAGUUUUUUUCUGUUUAUAUAAACAACAAAGGCAAACUGAUAUCUUUGGGAAAUUUAAUUUGGGAUACGCAAUCUAUUCAUUCAUCCUCUAAGAACCAUAAUUCAAGGGGGAAGUAAAGGGCUGAAUCAGCUUUGCUUUUGUGGGAGUUUAAGUAGCUUUUUUUUAAAAGACAGUAGAAUGGACCGAUUGGUUUCGGGGGAACAAGAUUUUGAAGUAGACAUUGAAGCUGGUCUAGCUCAUGUUACGCAAGAAUCCACUUCAGACAAUGCGUCUGAAACGAUUGAUGAUGACGUAAACUAUCCAUUAAUGGGAGACGAGGAGAACCCGACAGAAACAAACAGUCAGAGUUUAGAUGUCUCUGAGAGAAAACGCGAUGUUGUAAAGUUCAAGAAACCAAGAAAGGCUUCAAAGCCACCUAGACCUCCAAAACGCCCUUCUUUGACUGCGAGUGACCACAAGGUGAUGAGGGAAAUAGCAGAGCUCGCUAUGAGAAAGCGUGAAAGGAUUGAAAGGAUGAAAAAAUCUCUAAGAAGAAUCAAAGCAGCCAAGUCAUCAUCAUCAUCAUCAUCGUUUUCAUACAUUAGUAUCUUCUCGAUGAUAGUAACGGUUCUGUUCCUCGGUAUUCUUGUCUCUCAAGGCUUCUUUGCUGGCAAUUCGAAUCUGAGUUCAGACAUCUCGCCUGCACCAAUUGUUUCACCUGACAACCAAUUGGUUUCAGCUCAGUUAUACAAUGAUCCUAGCCCUACCACCUCAUACAGUUUCAGAUACACGAGGAAGCGAAUUUCGGGUGCCGAAGAAGGAGAAGACUCAAGAGAUGUUACCAGAUGAGUUGAUAUGUGUUUUGGUCUUUGAUAUCAACUCAAUCUGUUAACUCUUUUUGGUUCAAGUUUUGUUCUCUGUCUUGUCUCUUUGUAUAUUUUCUGUUGUUUUGGUGACUCGAGGUGUAAACGACCGCGUUUUAUAAUAAAUGAUGAUCUGAAAUUGAACCAUGACUAGCCCGGGCCUGUUUUUGAAUUGUGUGGGAUAUAUUAGUGAUUGUCGGCUACGUGAAAAUUACGUGGUUGGGGUAUUAUCAAAGGAAAAUUGAUGAAAAACAUAUUUUAUGUUAGUGUUCAUACUACAAAACGCCCAAAACAAUGAGAAUGACUUUCAUGCCAAUUGGAUUCUACAACGUUUAUGGUCCAAUAU